GUCCGAAUGUGAAUGAAGUGAAUAAUAAUAAACAAUCAAGUGAAAGAAAACAAGUAAACACAUUUCAGUAAGCUCUGUGAUAAAAAUUUACUCGAAUAACAAAGACGAGACGAUUGAACGGAAAGGUUAAAAGUGUAUCAAUGUUGAGACAAGCAAGAUUUUGUGCAAAUCACACUCCGUUAUAAUUUCAUGUUAAAUGUGAAAGUGUCUUCGGACAAUCAGUUAAUUGAUAUAAACAUUACAGCAGAGUGAAAGCUGCGUUUUAAACAUUUCAUUUCUUUAUACAAAAGAAAAGCUUCAAUGCAACUGUAUAGUACAUAGUACAUUGAGAGAAUUCCGUUCAUAGUACGGUUUUGUAAGUCCAAAUCUCGUUUUCAUUAUCUAUUUGUCGUGAGUGUUAUCAGUUAUUUUCGUGCUGAAAAGAUUUGAAAAAAAAGCGAAACUGAUUUAUGGACAUUCGAACUGAUGGUUUUUGUUUUUGAAUAAACAGUGAUAUGGAUUUGUAUGUGAACAUUAACCAGCGAUCCAUUUAAAUUCAGAUUCACCUCUUCAGUGCUAUCUACUUCUUUCGUUAAUAAGAUAAUUUGUGUUACAUAAACAACAAUUCAACAAUUAAACUCGCUGUGUCUUUGUUCCAUUUUGUGCCUUUUCAUACACAACAAGAAAAACCGUGUUUCAUUAAUCAGUAUUGUCGGUACCGUCAGAUUGCACGUAUUGUAAUUUUUACAUUAUUUACUUACAUUUAAACGUUACAUUCAGUGUCGUGAGUUUAAUACAUUCUUCGAAUUCAAAUUAAUUUUUCCAAUUAACAAUGCCAAUCGAACUGAAGGGGGAAAUUAAUCCCGAUUUGAAUAAUGAAAGAAAAAAGUGUGUCUUCGAAGCCGAAGAAAUGGCCCGUUGGUGGUACGGCGGAGAACAGAAAUUAGCCGAAAAACGACAACGAGAAUCACUGUUUUUGGACGAUCCCGAUUUGCAAGAUGACAUACCGACCUCGUAUUUAUCGCACAAGGAACUGUACGAACAGAGUGUGGCCAAAGCUUGCAAAGUAUUCAAGAAAAUCCGUGCUCUUCAAGAUGAGGGGAAAGGAGGUGUUGAUAAUUUCAUGGCGAUAUUAGGUGGAAUGUUGGGCAGCGGAGUACUGAAAGAAGGCAAUCCAAUGGCUGUUCAUUUUGUUAUGUUUCUGCCGACCAUUCUCGGUCAAGGAACAACGGAACAGCAAGUGGAAUGGCUAGGACGUGCGUGGAGCAUGGACAUCUUAGGCACUUAUGCACAGACCGAAUUGGGUCAUGGGACCUUCAUUCGAGGCUUGGAAACUAAGGCAACGUAUGAUCCGACGACCGAAGAAUUCAUUCUACAUAGUCCAACAAUUACGUCGUAUAAAUGGUGGCCUGGUGGACUGGGACAUACGUCGAACUAUGCCGUUGUUGUGGCACAAUUGUACACAAAGGGCCAAUGUCACGGAAUUCAUCCAUUCAUUGUUCAAUUGAGGGAUGAAGAAACAUGGGCACCAAUGAAAGGUGUGGAGAUCGGUGAAAUUGGGCCCAAACUUGGCAUGAAAGGUGUAAACAAUGGCUUCCUAGGUUUUGAUAAUGUCCGUGUACCGCGCAAGAAUAUGCUGAUGAAAAAUGCGCAGGUAUUGCCGGAUGGUACAUACAAGAAGGCGCCAUCAUCGGUUCUAACCUACGGUACAAUGAUGUUUGUUCGAGUCGUUAUCAUUCGUGAUAUGGCAAACUAUCUGUCCAAAGCCGUCACCAUUGUUACAAGAUAUUCAGCUGUUCGCCGACAAAGUCCAAUUGAUCCGGCGAAGAAAGAGGUGCAGGUUAUCGAUCAUGUCACACAGCAAUACAAAGUGUUCCCGAACAUCGCGAAAGUUGUGAUUUUCCAAUUGACGGCGGACUACAUUUGGAAUCUGUACAAUCAAGUGACGUCUGAGCUGGACAAAGGACAACUGGAAAGACUUCCCGAGUUGCACGCCAUUUCGUGCUGUUUGAAGGCUGUUAUAACACAAGAUGCUUCCAAUGGAGUUGAACAGCUAAGAAUGGCUUGUGGUGGUCAUGGCUAUAUGGAGGCGAGUAACUUACCGUGCACAUACGGCAUGGUCACAGCUGCCUGUACAUACGAAGGAGAAAAUACAAUUCUAUUGCUGCAAACAGCUCGCUAUCUUAUGAAAUCGUGGAGUCAAGCAAUUGUCGGCGAUUCACUCGUUCCAACUGUCGAAUAUCUUCGUGAAGCCGUUAAAAAGCGCAGCAAUGUGUGGGACUCAUCAAUGCCUGGUAUAAUCAGGGCUCUUCAACUCGUCGCUGCAAACAAAAUUCGUUUGGCCUACGAACACGUCGAAAAUCGGAAGAAACUCGGCCACAGCCACGAAGAUGCUACCAACUUUUCGUCUAUUGAGUUGGCUCAAUCGGCCGAUGCUCAUUGUCGUGCGUUCAUCGUUCAAACCGCUUACGAAAUGACGAAAAAUCUGGAAUCAACGGUGUCCACAGCACUAGCCACGGUAUUACGGCAAUUAAUUGAGUUGUAUGCGGUCGAAACUUGUAUGAAAUCGAUCGGUGACCUGAUUAGGUUCGCUGGCCUAACGGAAACUGGAGUGCAAGAGCUGCAACAACGUUUGGAAAAUCUUCUAACUCAGAUUCGUCCGAAUGCCGUGGGUAUUGUCGAUGGAUUUGACAUUCCUGACAAAAUUCUGUCAUCGGCUUUGGGGGCGUACGAUGGUAAUGUUUACGAACGGCUGUACCUGGAAGCGAAGAAAAGUCCACUGAAUCAGGAUCCGAUUCCGCGGGCAUUCGAUUUGUAUAUGAAACCGUUUAUGCGAUCGAAUCUGUAAAGUCGAGCGUCGAUGGCGGUCAAUGGUGAUAAAAAUGUACUGUAAGUGCUUCUGGGGUGCUAGUCGUAUUAUUCAUAUUUUUUACUGGUUGGGAUUCUGUGUGUACGAUUUUGUAAAAACAAAAGACAAAUCAAAAUGUAUUAGCUUCAUCACUACGAACGAAAAGACAAUAAAAAAUAAUUUAUUUUUGUACAAAACAAAA